UAAAACGUUAUAUAUUUUUUUUCUUUCUCUAAUUAUUGACGUUGUCGUUCUCUUUGACAUUUCUCUAGCAGUUAUUACACUUAGGGGUGUGUAUCAUUAGAAUAAUAUAAAUUAAACCGAAAUAUUCGCACUUGAUAAUUCCCAAGUCAGAAAUAAAAUGGACGGUUUCGGUGACAAUUUUACUGGCAAUGAUGUCGAAGUUGAUCCAGCGGCUGAAUUUUUAGCUCGUGAACAAGAUCAAUUGGCUGGUCUAGAAGAUGAUAUUCCAGCAGUUGCUAUGACUACAUCAGCACCAGUUCUAUCAAAUGUUGAAGACGAUUUAUCUGGUAACUUUGAAAAUAUGACCGUCGAAUCCGGUGGCAAUGGUACUACCGGUAGCUUCGAGAUGAUUAAUACUAUUGAUCAACCUACUGAAUCAUUUUCAACCCCAGAACCAGUUGUCGUAAAAGAAGAACCUGAAAAAAUAAAAAAAUGGCGCGAGGAACAAGCAGCGAGACUUGAAGAAAAAGAUGCCGAAGAAGAAAAGAAAAAAGAAGAAUGGAAGAUAGCUGCUAAAAAAGAACUUGAGGAAUGGUACAAACAUCAUGCCGAAACAACUAGUAAAACAAAAGCUACCAAUAGGGGAAAUGCCAAAAAUGCCGAGAAACAGUUCGUAGCAGAAGCAGGCGAAGUUGAACCGGGAACCGAGUGGGAACGUAUCGCAAAACUCUGCGACUUUAAUCCAAAAUCUUCACGGAUAUCCAAAGACGUGUCGCGCAUGCGAUCAAUUAUUUUGCAAUUGAAACAAUCGCCACCAGCCACUACAUCAAUGAACGUUUGAGUUCAUAAUCGCUGAUCUGUUAAAACAAAUACAAUAACAAUAACAAUAAAUAAAUAAAUCUAUAUAUAUAUAAACUAAUCAUAAAUUUAAAGAGAAAAAAAUUCCAUUGAGUUAAAAUUGUUGAUUUAAAAAAUAAAUUAAACUAAAUAAUUAAUCUUGAUUAAAAU